CACAGACUGAAAAACAGACGAUCAGAUUCACAUUCAGACCAAACUAACAGCAUCCUCUGAGUGAGUUCAGCUACACGAGAUAAAAGUGGAAAACUACAACACUGAUGCUUUAACCUGCUGACGCUCCACACACUGAAGCUUCACUCAGAGACAAAAUGGCUUCCAGAUUAGAGGAGGAUCUCUGCUGUCCGGUCUGUCGUGGCAUCUUUAGACAUCCUGUUGUUCUGUCAUGUAGCCACAGCUUCUGUAAAGACUGUCUGAAGAACUGGUGGAGAGAGAAACUAACACGCGAGUGUCCAAUUUGUAAGACGAUAUCUUCAACCUCAGAACCACCUUUAAACCGGGUGUUAAAGAACUUGUGUGAGGCCUUUUUACUGGAGAGAGAUCAGAGAGCUUCAGAGGCUCUCUGCAGUCUGCACUCUGAGAAACUCAAACUCUUCUGUCUGGACCAUCAGCAGCCAGUGUGUCACAUCUGUAGAGAUUCAGAGAAACACACCAACCACAGAUUCAGACCCAUCGAUGAAGCUGCACGACAACACAAGAAGGAACUUCAGGAAACUCUGGAGACCUUAAAGGAGAAGUUAAAGGUUUUUGAACAAGUUAAAGUGAUGUCUGAUCAAACAGCAGAACACAUGAAGGUCCAGGUCCGACGCACAGAGAGGCAUAUUAAGGAGCAGUUUAAGAAGCUUCACCAGUUUCUAGUAGAGGAAGAGGAGACCAGGAUCUCUGCACUGAGGGAGGAAGAGGAGCAGAAGAGUCAGAUGAUGAAGGAGAAGGUUGAGGCUCUGAAUCUGACCAGUGUGAUAGGUGGAGAGGCACAGCAGCUUCCUGAUAAUUCAGAGAGGUUUGAUUCACGCAUCUUUGUCCUGGGCUCUGAGGGCUUUAACUCUGGGACUCACAGCUGGGAUGUCGAGGUUGGAAACACGUGCUACUUUGCUCUUGGCUGCGUGACAGUCCCUUCCUACCCUCAGCGGGGUGUUAGCCGUGAUGAGAGGAGGCCGGAGGCGGCAGCUGAGAUAGUGAGCGAGGGGGAGAAAGAGUAG